UUGGUCCUUGUUGACAAUUUUCCUAGAGAAAUGCACAUGAUAUGAAAUAAAUUAGAUCAAGGUAUUAAAUUAAAAGGGAAAAAACAAACGGGAAACCCAAAAAUAUCCUCUUCAGACCUAAAAUUUUGUUUGGUCUGAAUUUUUAAUUUGUCCUAGCUAUUUGGUUUCAGCAGGACCCAAAAAAGUAUGAAUAAAAAACUCAACAUUGGCAACAAUAAUUACGUCCCAGUGUGCUCAAACAAAGACAAUAAUAAAGUCCUAAUGUCUUCAAAGGAAUACUUCUUUCUUAGUGUUGCUAAAAUUGGUCAAAUUUGUUGCCAUAUCAAACUACAACCUUCAUAAAUAAACAAGAUUUCAGCAUUAAAUUUGAUCAGGUGCUGGACCUUGUCCACUUUUGCGUCGGGAUCGGCUGCAGACUGACUUGGCAGAGAUGGCUGCCAUCUUUUCUUUACAUGGAUCAGUGUGUUGUGCUUCUGCUGCCACUGGAUGGCACAAAAAAAGUGUCCAUGAAUGAGGACAACAGGUGUAAGUUACGCAGAAUGAGGUAUAUGGUCAAGUACACCCAAAAUGUGAUGUCCUCAUAUGGUGACACAGGGUCUCAGGAGGUUAAAAAAAAAAGGUGUAGACUGAAGCUUAAGCUUAUUAUACCAACUAUUUUUACUUAGCAUAUUCUCAUGAAUAACGUAUAUACUACUAUGUUUAAGUUAUGCAAAAGAGAAAAAAAAAACAUACAAAAAAUAUCAUAAUAAAAAAGGGGGGGUAGAAGGGAACAAUUUGGCAGACGGAUUUGCAAUAGAUGCUACUACAUCCAACCCAGAGGUUCCUGCCAACCCAAUUUACAGUCUUGGCUGCAGAUUACAUACCUACUGAAAAUUAAUACCAAGGCGUCCAACAAUGUGUGUGCUCAAAGAAGAAGCCUCACUAAAUUCAAAAAGGUACCAUUUGCUAUGUACAGCCCUUGUAAAAGGCAAACUCAUCUGUGUCAUGGUUUUCUUCCUUUCUUUUUUGUAUAAUAGUCAAACGUAUAUGCUUACUCUAUAAACUCUAAAAAAAAACUAUGAAAUGAUUAAAUUAAAUGAAUAAUUUCUGUUUUUUGUCAUAUACAGAUUCAAAUCAAGAGAACUUUAUUUAUCUCAAAGGAAAUUCUUGUGCCAGAGAGUGCUUCAAAUUACAGUGACAGAAAUUACAGAAACAACAAUUAACAUUCACAAGCAGUAAUAACCAGAACAACAAGUCAGUUCCCGGGGUCAGGGUCACUCACUGGGCCCAGUUUCAAAAACAAUAGAGCAUUAAAUAUCUGGAAAAAAAUAUAUUAGUAUUAUUAUAUUUUUAAAAUGCUCAAGUAAACAAGAUGUUAUUGAUCUAUUCACUGCCCUUUAACUGUAUUUGUGCUUUGGCAACACAUGUUAAAUGUCAUACCGAUAAAGCCUAUUGAAUUUAAUUGAAUUGAACGCAUCAAACUGGAACUAAAGAAUUUACUACAGUAGAAAUAAGGGCAUGUGGAAUAUAUAACAUAAUGUAUAUUUACAUUUUUUGGAAAAUAAAGGGCUUAGCAGGAGAACACACUGUUGGCAUUUGGCCGUUCCGAUACACACCACAUUCACAAGAUGGCGGUAACGCAUCUGAAAGCUGUUUGCCAACCGCCAUUAAACAACAGAAGAAGAAGAAGCGCCAACAUAAACGAUUUAAACUAUUUAAAGCGGUUAACGUUUGCAUUUUCUUGCUUAGGGUGAGUAAAAAAGUUAUUUUAGCAUGAGCUAAUUUAUUUUCACUUUUUUAUGAUGUAAAAUGUUUACAACCGAUUGUUCUGUCUUUCGCUGUAUAUCGGCCUUUCUCACAUUCGCUGUUGGCGAAUGUGGCGCUGUUACACCGAGCAAACUGACAGUGAGCCGCGGUAAGAACACACAAGGAAGAGACGUCCUGCUCUCCUCCUCAGUUCAAAUCGACAAGCGGGACAAGUGGCUAACUGUUUGCUGAGCUAGUUAAACUUUGUGAACAUGGAGUUUGACGACAGCCUCUUAUUGAACCGGACCCACGGUGAGAAGCUGGAGGCAGAACACCGACAGAGGAUGACUCUGCACUGUCAGCAGUGUAACACCGUGCUGGGAGACUCCCUCGGUGUCUGUGGGGAGGUUAAAUUCAUGGACUCUAUCGUGUGUCUGAGAGUAACAGAUGAUGUGGUCAUCAGUGAUUCAAUGGACACAGGACAUAAAGGAGAUAUGGCUAAUUGCAUCUACAGCUCUCUAAAAUGCCGCGUCUGCUGCUGUUCUGUGGGGAAAGUUAUUCAUUCAGCCCCGUCGCGUUUGGCCGCAGUUCGCUCCAUGUUUCUCCUCUACAAAGCAAACAUCAGUUGUUACAUCCUCAACCGCAGCUCAAUGGUGAAAGCAUCCACACUCACAUUUGAUAUGAAGCCCCUCAGAGACAACAUGAAUAAGGUGAGACAGAAGUUUGAGGCCCAGUUGGAUCACAUGUCACGCACUAAGAACAGACUGGUCGACAGGAGCGUCACCAGCAAAUUGGUCAAGUAGUGUGCGCAGGCAAUCUCGACUGUACAGAGAGAACUGUGUGUUCUCCAGUCCCUCUUGUAGACUUGUUUGUCUUGUAAGGUUUUUUUUCUGUGUUUUGUGUUUCCAUUAAACAUUUUUCGAUGAU